CUAACUCUAACCCUAACCCUUCUCAAUGCUUUGUAUUUCCUGCAGGAUAGUUGACUGACUGAACGAGCAACAUGUCUAAACCAUCGUCCAACGUCAAAGCCCUGCAGGCAAAUCUAAAUAUUCCGAUGGGAGCGCUGCGUCCAGGGGCGGGACAUCCUGUCAAGAGGAGAGAGGAGACUGUAGACACAGAGGAGGCUCCUCCCCCAGACCCCCUGCAGGAAGCCACGGCCCUGUCGCCAGAGGAGAAGAAGCCAUUGCCAGGAUCCAUGAAGCUUCCUGGUCCAGCAGUCAACCUAUCAGAGCUGCAGAACGUCAAGAGUGAACUACGAUGGGUCACCAAGGACUAACACACAGUGCUGUGUUUCCCAACUUGUCCUCCAGUACUGAAUCAGGUGUGCUUGUCCAGGGAUACAAUAAAAUGUGUACUGUUGGGGAUACUCGAGGAGUACUACAGGUUUCUCAUCAGACCCACACCCACCCUGCAUCUUCUACUGAUGAACUACAACUACCAGAUCCACCCUGCAUCUUCUACUGAUGGACUACAACUACCAGAUCCACCCUGCAUCUUCUACUGAUGGACUACAACUACCACACCCACCCUGCAUCUUCUACUGAUGGACUACAACUACCAGAUCCACCCUGCAUCUUCUACUGAUGGACUACAACUACCAGAUCCACCCUGCAUCUUCUACUGAUGGACUACAACUACCAGAUCCACCCUGCAUCUUCUACUGAUGGACUACAACUACCACACCCACCCUGCAUCUUCUACUGAUGGACUACAACUACCAGAUCCACCCUGCAUCUUCUACUGAUGGACUACAACUACCAGAUCCACCCUGCAUCUUCUACUGAUGGACUACAACUAUCAGAUCCACCCUGCAUUUCUACUGAUGAACUACAACUACCAGAUCCACCCUGCAUCUUUUACUAAUGGACUACAACUACCAGAUCCACCCUGCAUCUUCUACUGAUGGACUACAACUACCAGAUCCACCCUGCAUCUUCUACUGAUGGACUACAACUACCACACCCACCCUGCAUCUUCUACUGAUGGACUACAACUACCAGAUCCACCCUGCAUCUUCUACUGAUGGACUACAACUACCAGAUCCACCCUGCAUCUUCUACUGAUGGACUACAACUACCAGAUCCACCCUGCAUCUUCUACUGAUGGACUACAACUAUCAGAUCCACCCUGCAUUUCUACUGAUGAACUACAACUACCAGAUCCACCCUGCAUCUUCUACUGAUGGACUACUACUACCACACCCACCAUGCAUCUUCUACUGAUGGACUACAACUACCAGAUCCACCCUGCAUCUUCUACUGAUGGACUACAACUACCAGAUCCACCCUGCAUCUUCUACUGAUGGACUACAACUACCACACCCACCCUGCAUCUUCUACUGAUGGACUACAACUACCAGAUCCACCCUGCAUCUUCUACUGAUGGACUACAACUACCAGAUCCACCGUGCAUCUUCUACUGAUGGACUACAACUACCAGAUCCACCCUGCAUCUUCUACUGAUGAACUACAACUACCAGAUCCAACCUGCAUCUUCUACUGAUGAACUACAAAUACCAGACCCAACGUACAUCAUCAACUGAUAGACUACAUCUAUACCAGACUACACCUAACCCUAUCAGCUACAGACAACUAUACCAGACUACACCUA